AAUAAUAAAGAAAUUAGUUUAAAAAGAACUCAAAAUGUUUUAUGUUUUUGUAAAACUCAGCGUUUUCCCUUAGCUGUGUCCGUCGCCUAUCUUCUCUUCUCAGGCAAAUUACACGCUGCAGUUUCGUUUCCUCUCUUAAAUCUCUCUUUCUCUCUCCCUUUCAAAAAUUGCGCUCAAAUCUUAUUCCUCUUCGCAGGUUCUUGGCUGAAGAUUGCAUAUUCCACUGCUGAGGUUGACAUAGUAAAAAUUUGUCAGUGAAGAAUUGUUGGAUUCGAUGAAACCUUGGUUAGUAUGUCUGGAUUAAUUGAAGGUCUUCCAGAUGCUGUUGCCCUUAGAUGCCUAGCACGAGUUCCCUUCUACCUAUAUCCUAAGUUGGAGCUUGUUUCCCGUUCAUGGAGAGCUGCCAUUCGUGGCUCUGAGCUGUUCAAAGCUCGACAGGAGGUUGGCUCAGCAGAGGAACUUCUUUGUGUGUGUGCAAACGAUCCAGAGAAUUUAUGGCAGAUGUAUGAUCCUCUCCGCGACCUUUGGAUUACUCUUCCUGUCCUUCCCUCAAAGGUCAGGCACCUUGCCUACUUUGGUGUGGUCUCAACUGGUGGAAAACUGUAUGUGCUUGGUGGUGGGAGUGAUGAUGUCGACCCAUUAACUGGUGACCAAGAUGGGAGUUUUGCAACUGAUGAAGUUUGGUCAUAUGACCCUAUAAUGCGUCGGUGGGCUCAACGUGCAUCCAUGGUCUUACCUCGUGCCAUGUUUGCAUGCUGUGUUUUGAAGGGAAAGAUAAUUGUUGCUGGUGGUUUCACCAGCUGCAGAAAAUCUAUCUCUCAAGCAGAAAUGUAUGAUCCUGAGAAGGAUGUCUGGAUUCCAAUACCUGAUCUCCACCGCACACACAAUUCAGCAUGCUCAGGAUUAGUUAUCGGAGGGAAGGUGCAUGUCCUGCACAAGGGGUUGUCAACAGUGCAAGUCCUGGACCACAUAGGUUCUGGGUGGACCGUUGAAGACUAUGGUUGGCUCCAGGGUCCAAUGGCAGUUGUACAGGGAGCUCUGUACGUGAUGAGCCAUGGACUUAUCGUCAAGCAGGAAAAAGAAGUUAGCAAGGUGGUGAUUUCUGCUUCCGAGUUUCGUAGGAGAAUUGGGUUCGCAAUGACAGGACUAAGAGAUGAAAUAUACGUGAUCGGAGGGGUGAUUGGCCCUGAUCGCUUUAAUUGGGAUAUCAAACCAAUGUCUGACGUUGAUAUCUUGACAGUUGGGGGCAAUAGACCUACAUGGCGUCAGGCAGCUUCGAUGACAAAGUGCCGAGGAACAAUUUUUGGUUGCACGCAGCUAAGAAUUUAGGUCCCCCACUUUUUUUUUCUUCUUUUAAAGUAGUCUGCUGGUUUUAUUGUGAAAAGUUAACUCCUUAUUUUGUUGAGGCAUUGCAAAUCUUCCUUAUUGGAGAUGAGAAAUGAAUGUUUCUUUCUAAUGGUACCUUGGUUUUGUAAGCCAUAAUCUUGUCUUUGUUAAAAGUUAA